AUGGCUUCGGAUACUGUACAUGAAGGAAGUAAUUUCGAUCUUUUGGACGACUUUUUAAGUGCUAACAUUGUUCCGAAUGAGUCAACAGAUGUCCAUGGAAAGAUUGAAUCGUUGAAAUUGCCGUAUAUGAAAUCUAGUGAAAAUGUUUUAAAUUUCUGGAAAGUAAGGAAAUUAAGCGAUCCAGAGCUGUAUGCCCUAAGCAAAGUAUGCUUUGCUAUACCACCAACUCAAGUAACAAUAGAGCGGGCGUUUUCGUCUUUAAAACUGGUGUUGUCGGAUAACCGAAAUCGAUUAAGUCACGAAACAUUGGAAAAUAUUCUUCUUGUCCGGCUUAACUCAACUCACUUGGAUAGUGCCAUCGACAAUUUAAGUUUAUUUGAAGACGAAGAAGAUGAGGGGUAAUUCGUGUUUCUAAAUGCAUAAGUUCUUAUUUCUUUUUACUUUUUUAUAUUUAAUUAACAUUUACU